AAACGGCAGUUGGUGGAGAAAGGAAGAGGAUCUCAAAAUCUGCAAGGUGGAGUUCCAUUGAUAUCCUUGGACAGCCAGGAGAGGCCCCGACCCUCCGUCCUUCACCAAAUCCCUCUCCACAUGUGGACAAAUGCUGGUAAAGGCCUCAGGGAGGUCCCUGUGAGAUGGCUCCACCCUGCCUUUUUGUGAGAACCCUCCUUCUCCUGUUCAUGUUUUCCCACAAAGGCACAGGGCAAUUCCAUGUGGUAGGACCGAAAGCACCCAUCGUGGCCUUGGUAGGAGAAGCAGCUGUGUUGCCCUGCCACCUCAGCCCAUCGAUGGAUGCUCAGCAUAUGGAGGUGAGAUGGUACCGGGACAAUCCUUCAGGCCUGGUGCAUCAGUAUAACACCUUCCAGGAAGACAUGAGGCAGCAGAGACCAGAGUACCGAGGGAGGACAGAGUUCCAGAGGGAAAACAUCAGCACAGGGCAUGUGGCCCUGGCGAUCCAUCACAUCCGCCCUUCUGACGAAGGGCAGUACAGCUGCUUGUUUGGAAGCUCCACAUUCUUCGAGGAAGCACGUUUUCAACUCUUGGUCACAGUCUCAGGCACAGCUCCUCACAUUAACAUUGACCAUGGUGCACACAAAGGGCUGGAGCUCACCUGCACGUCCACAGGAUGGUACCCAGAGCCCGAGGUGCAGUGGAAGGACCUGCAAGGAAAGCUUUUGGCACCUGCCUCUGAGACAAAGGCACCAGAAAGCAAUGGUCUGUUUCAUGUGGAGACAUGUGUCCUGCUGGAAGACAUCUCAGAGGGAAGUGUGACCUGUUACAUCAGGAACCCCAUCCUCAGUGUCGAAAAGGAGGUGCACAUUUCCCUGACAGAUGCCUUGUUCCCCAGGGUCUCUCCUUGGCCAGUGGUCCUGCCUGUUGUUGCAGUUCUCCUGCUCAUCGGUGUGAUCCUCUCUGUUCUACUAGUGCGUGCCAGAAAAAAAAAAGAAAAAAAAAAAGAAGAGAAUGCUGAACUCUCAAGAAAAUAUGAAAAAACAGGAGAAUGGAAUGAAAAACUCUUAAGGAAAUAUGGUGAAAUCCAGGAACAAUAUGGUAAUCUCCAGGAACAAUAUGAAAAAAUCAGUAAUGAACUUGACCGAGGAAACUUCCUGGGAGAAGAUGGUCUGAAUGAACUUCGAAGAUUUGCAGAAGACAUAAAGCUGGAUACAGCCACUGCCCAUCCUUACCUUUAUGUGACACAAGAUGAAAAAUAUGUGGAAUCUCUUCCAGAAAAGCGAGAUGUGCCUGACAAUCCUGAGGGGUUUGAUACUAUGGUGGCCGUCCUGGGUCAGAACAGCUUCCAGGGUGGCAGGCAUUAUUGGGAGGUAGGAGUGGCAGGAAAGAGUAGGUGGACAAUAGGGCUGUGUUGGGAUUCAGUUAACAGGAAAGGACAGCAUAUAUCUGCUUGUCCAGAGAAUGGUUUCUGGACCCUAUGCAAGAAGAAUGGUGUGUACAAGGCUCUUUCCACCCCCCGUCAUCAACUUAACAUCCCAGAACCUCUGAUAACUGUCGGGAUUUUUUUAAAGUAUGAGGAAGGUCUGAUCUUUUUCUACAAUGUGACACAAUGUACCAUUCUCUUCAAGUUUAAAAGCAACUUCACCAAGCCCCUGAAACCAUAUUUCUACCCUGGACCUCCCAGUAAGGGAAACUGUACUGGCCUUACCAUCCUUUAGGUGUCAGUAACAAAUCCUGCUGACCCUCCCCAGGCACCGCUGAGCUGCAUUCCCACAGCGAUCAUCCCCAAGGUCCAUGAUAAUGUACACACAUUCCCAACCAGGACCCAGCAUGUGAUGGGGUCUGAGGAUCUCCCUCCAAGGACCUUGUUUCCUUCCAGGUCUUAUGGGAAACUAGGAAUGAUCCCUCUUAUUGGGCCAUUUCCACUGCCCAUCCCCACAAUCACUCCCUCCUCAGUUUACUUCCUUUUAUCCCUUUUGGCCUUAAAUAAUGCAAAUCUCUCCCAUCUUUCCUAGAUCUGAUGUUGAGAUUCUGAAACUAGUGAAUUCCUUUCCUCAACAAAUCACUCUUACUUAUUUUGCAACAUGAAAUAUGCCAGAUUCAUUUCUUUAUUUAUUUCUGUUUCACCAAUAUAUUUGGGGCUCUACAAAGCUAAAGAGCAAAUGUCCAUUUUUUUAGCCAAACCUGCCCCAAAAUACCAGUGGCUUAAACAAAAUGUCAUACUGAAUAAAAUUCAAUUGAAUAAAAUUGAAUUCUAUCAAGA